GUUUCAGCAUCAACAUUAGAAAGAAGAAAGAAAAUAUCAAAGUCACAAUUGCUAAUCAGUGGCGGAUUGUAAGAAAUGGAACUUUUCCCUGCCGACUUCGUUGCUCAACUUCCUCUCAAAGUAAAUGGUGCUAGACUAGUAUAGAGAGAGUGAAAUUUACUACACAUGGGAGGGUUUGGUCUGUUUUUGCUCUACUCUAUCCUGUUCUCCAUCUUAAGAUCUUCCACUGCAUUGGAUUCUGUUAAACCAAGCGAACCAUUGAGAGAUGGUGAUUUUCUUGUUUCAGCAGACCAAACUUUUGAACUGGGAUUUUUCAAUCUUCCAGAUUCAAAAAGUCGAUACUUGGGGCUACGGUACAAGAACAUAUUUCCUCAGACGAUUGUCUGGGUAGCCAAUAGAGAUCAUCCACUUUCUAAUACUCUAGGGGUGCUGAAUAUCACCAGCAAAGGAAAUCUUGUGCUUGUCAAUAGCACAAACGAUAUCAUUUGGUCAUCAAAUACAACAAGAACUGUGAAGGAUCCAGUUGCACAGAUCUUGAAAUCAGGAAAUUUUGUCCUAAGAGAUGGAAAUGAUAGUAAUCUUGACAACUUUUUGUGGCAGAGUUUUGAUCACCCUGUGGACACUCUAUUACCAGGAAUGAAAAUUGGAAGCAACUUAGUGACUGGUCUUAACUGGUUUCUGUCAUCUUGGAAGGGGACAGAGGAUCCUGCUCCAGGCGAAUUUUCAUUACAAUUGGAUCUUAAUGGGUAUCCACAGAUGCUUCUUAAGAAGGGAAAUAAAAUACAGUUCAGACCAGGAUCAUGGAACGGUUUAAGUUUUACAGGAAAUGCUGAAGUCUUGAGGCCUAAUCCAAGUUUCACAUAUGAAUUCGUAUUAAAUAAGGAUGAAAUCUAUUACACGAUUCAUAGUUUGGUUGUUUCUAGGUUCACAUUAAAUCCAUCAGGCACGCCACAGCUUUUCACAUGGAAUGAUCAAACACGUGAAUGGACAAUUUUUAAUGCAGCUAUCUUCGAUCAGUGUGAAAAUUAUGCCUUCUGUGGUGCAUAUUCUAAUUGCAAUACAAAAAAGUCUUCAGUUUGUGAAUGCUUGGAUGGUUUCACACCCAAGUCUCCAAACGACUGGAAUUUGCAAGUUUGGUCAGGUGGGUGUGUUCCAAAGACUCCACUGAAAUGCAGUGAUAAGUCUGGAUUUUUGAAGAUUAAAGGAAGUAAGCUGCCAGACACUUCGUCUUGCUGGUUUGACAGAAAAAUUGAUCUCAAAGAAUGUGAGCGAUUGUGCUCUUUAAACUGCUCUUGCACUGCAUAUGCAAAUUUGGAUAUUAGGAAUCGUGGAAGUGGCUGCUUGCUUUGGUUUGAUGAACUGAUUGAUAUGAGAGAAAUAACUGAGGGCCGACAAGACCUAUAUGUGCGGUUGGCUGCUUCAGAAUUAGAUAAAAUUACGCGUAAAAGAAUGCGCCAGAGUCUGAAAGCAGGAAUCAUUGCUGGUUCUGUGAUAUUGGGUAUAAUCAUGCCAUUGUUCUUUUACAUAUGGAGGAGAAAUCUUAGAAAACAUGGUAUGGCAAAUAGAAGUUUUGAAGGAAAUGACUACAUUACUGAAGGUCGGAAAGAAGACAUGGAGUUGCAAUUUUUUAACCUAAACACGAUAUCUGAAGCUACUAAUAGUUUUUCAAGCAGCAACAAACUUGGAGAAGGUGGCUUUGGACUUGUAUAUAAGGGUAUAUUGGUGGAUGGGCAAGAAAUAGCAGUUAAGAGGCUCUCAAGAAGUUCUAGCCAGGGAAUGAAUGAGUUCAAAAAUGAAGUUACUUUAAUUGCUAAACUACAACAUCGCAAUCUCGUAAAGCUUCUUGGUUGUUGCAUUCAUGGAGAUGAGAAAAUGUUAAUAUAUGAAUACAUGCCCAACAAAAGCUUGGACUACUUUAUUUUUGAUCAAACAAGAAGCAAAUUGCUAGAUUGGAAUAAGCGUGUCCAUAUUAUUGGAGGAAUUGCUCGAGGACUUCUUUAUCUUCAUCAAGACUCUAGACUGAGGAUUAUUCACCGAGAUCUUAAGGGUAGUAACAUCUUACUAGAUGGUGACAUGAAUCCAAAAAUUUCAGACUUCGGGCUCGCAAGAACAUUUGGAGCAAAUCAAACUGAGGGCAAUACAAGAAGGGUAGUUGGAACAUAUGGCUACAUGUCUCCUGAGUAUGCAGUGGACGGACUUUUCUCUGUGAAAUCUGAUGUCUUUAGCUUUGGGGUCUUGAUUUUGGAGAUAGUAAGUGGAAAGAAAAACAGAGGAUUUUGUCAUCCAGAUCAUGACCUUAACCUUCUUGGACAUGCAUGGACGCUAUGGAUUAAAAGGAAACCACAUGAACUAAUAGAUGAAUGUUUAACAGUCUCCUCCACUCUAUCUGAAGCCGUAAGGUGCAUUAAUGUGGGUCUCUUAUGUGUGCAGAAACGGCCUGAAGAUAGGCCAAACAUGUCGUCUGUGGUUGUCAUGUUAAGCAGUGGGAAUCCUUUGCCUCAGCCAAAACAACCUGGAUUUUUUAUGGAAAGGACUGCAGCUGAAGUAGAUACUUCGUCAAACACGCAUCAAUCUUCCUCUACUAAUGAAGUUACUGUAACAAUAUUAGAACCACGGUAGACCAUCAAUUGUGAUUAAAAUUAAGUGAAAUGGGAGCAUUUUAAUUUAGCAAUUGUGUUAAGCAUGACUGGUGGUUUGACAAGUGUAUAAUUAAUCAGAAGUUUGAUCGCCUUUUGAUUAUUAUAUCAAAACUGAAACCUCAAAAACCAAGCAUUUCUAA